GCGCACCAGGACCGGUCUUGUGUUUGGCGUGUUUGUAAAGAUGGCAGCUCGUAAAGAAGCCUCGUGUGCCGAUAUUCCUGUUAAACAGGUCCAGAUAGACGGCCUGGUGGUUCUGAAGAUUAUUAAACACUACCAGGAGGAGGGCCAGGGCAAUGAGGUGGUGCAGGGCGUGCUGCUGGGCCUGGUGGUGGACGACCGGCUGGAGAUCACCAACUGCUUCCCCUUCCCACAGCACAACGAGGACGAUGCUGAAUUUGAUGAGGUUCAGUAUCAGAUGGAGAUGAUGAGGAGUCUUCGUCACGUGAACAUUGACCAUCUGCAUGUGGGCUGGUACCAGUCCACCUUCUAUGGUUCUUUCAUGAGCCGAGCCCUGCUGGAUUCUCAGUUCAGUUACCAGCAUGCCAUUGAGGAGUCUGUGGUGCUCAUCUAUGAUCCUAUCAAGACAGCACAAGGCUCCCUGUCCCUCAAGGCCUACAGGCUGACCCCUAAACUCAUGGAUAUUUACAAAGAAAAAGACUUCUCUUCAGAAGGGCUGAAGAAAGCGAGUAUGGGCUAUGAGAACAUGUUUGAGGAAGUUCCCAUCAUCAUCAAGAACUCUCACCUCGUUAAUGUGCUGCUGUGGGAGCUGGAGGAUAAGUCUACCGUAGCAGAUAAACAUGAGCUGCUCAGCCUCGCCAGCUGUAAUCACCUUGAGAAAAGCCUGCAAAUGCUGAUGGACCGCGUGGAUGACAUGUCCCAAGACAUCGUGAAAUACAACAACUACAGCCGCAGUCUCAGCAAGCAGCAGCAGCAAAAGCAGCAGUAUACCCAGAGGCGGCAGCAGGAGAAUGCGGUGAGGCAGAGUCGAGGGGAGCCUCCCCUUCCUGAAGAAGACCUCACCAAGCUGUUUAAGCCUCCUCAGCCUCCUCCACGCAUGGACACUCUUCUCAUCGCUGGGCAAAUUAACACAUACUGCCAGACAGUGAAGGAGUUUACCUCGCAGAACUUGGGCAAGCUUUUCAUGGCCGAAGCUCUUCAGGACUAUGCCACUUAAAGACAGCACACAAGCUAGUUCUUAUGAGGAUGAGUGCUGUAGCAGGUUAAGAGUAAUCCCACUGAAUUGGCUGAUUAAAAAGUUAAAUGGAUACAUUUUGAAGGGUUAUUUUACUUAACUAAUGACGUUUUGCAUAAAUAUUUGUAUGUGUUUAUGGAAAUAAGUCUUCAUGAUUUUAGUAAAGUAUUUCAUUUUUAUACAAUAGAUUAUAUUGCUGGACCAAGAUUCUGACAGUAAAUGUGAAAUUACCCUGAAAAUGUAAACAUUAAAUAGACUGCUCACUCA